GAGACAGAAAAAACUCAAUCACGGAGAAAGUGAGAGUUUUGCGGAGACACAACACACAAGCUUGAAUCUGCUUGAAAGUGAUCAGUUCAUCUGGAACUGUUCGCCGAGUUAGAUACGAUGUACAUCAAGUGCUUUCUUCUCUUGGAACUUUCUAUUCUCGCAACCAUGUUACCAAUACACGAUAAUCGUAAUGUGAACGAAGAAACCAUAUCGCUACAUCUCAAUAAUACCUCGAUACUUCAUCCCGCUAUGAUAUCCAAGAGAGCGACGGAACAAUCAUCGGACGGAAGCCGAGUAGAUUUUCAAAUAAGAAAUCAUCGGGGACCAGGAACGUAUAUCUUCGGCUUCGAUACUGGACACGGGAAAAAUCGACAAUACAGGUUGGAGGAGCGUCUGCGGGAUGGAAGCGUCAAGGGGCGAUAUGGUUUUUACGAUGCGAAAGGAAAGCUUAGGAUUAUCAAUUACGUCGCAGAACCCAGCAACGGGUACCAAGAGCGACAUCACGAAACUAUCACUUCCAAACCUGAAACUUAAUAAAUUUUAAACACUCUCUACUUCUCUUCUUCUU